UUCCAGCAGCUGCGUAUCUUUUGUUCCUGAUCUUUUAUUCCUACAAAUCUCUGUGGAGACAAGUUAUGUCAACAGCUACUUUAAUUAAUUUGGUACGAAACGGAGGGUAUCAAGUAAGAAGGAGAGCCGUGCUGACGUCCCGCCUCUUGCAAGACGAGAAGCGUCCGACAGCCGUGUGCUACAGCUCCACCUCCGAGCGCCGUGCUUCCCGCUUCGAUUCAGACGGGAGUGGGCGACCUACCACAUGGGACACCUUUGGCAUCUGGGACAAUCGCAUUGACGAACCUAUUCUCCUCCCACCAAGCAUAAAGUAUGGAAAGCCAAUUCCAAAAGUCAGCCUGGCCAACGUGGGCUGUGCUAGCCAUAUUGGGAAGCGUAAGGAAAAUGAAGACCGGUUUGAUUAUGCUCAGCUGACGGAGGAUGUCCUAUACUUUGCAGUAUAUGAUGGACACGGUGGGGCGGCAGCAGCAGACUUCUGUGAUAAGUACAUGGAAAAAUAUAUUAAAGAAUUUCUUGCUGAGGAGGAGAACUUGGAAAAUGUUUUGAACAAAGCUUUUCUAGAAAUAAACAAAGCCUACGAAAGGCACGCUCAUCUGUCUGCUGAUGCAACUCUGAUGAACUCUGGGACCACUGCAACAGUGGCUCUGCUCCGGGACGGUAUUGAGCUGGUUGUGGCAAGUGUGGGAGACAGUCGUGCUCUGCUGUGUCGAAAGGGAAAGGCCAUGAAACUCACCAUUGACCAUACUCCAGAAAGAAAGGAGGAGAAGGAAAGGAUUAGGAAGUGCGGUGGCUUCGUUGCCUGGAACAGUCUGGGACAACCUCAUGUGAAUGGUAGACUUGCAAUGACGCGGAGCAUAGGAGAUUUGGAUCUUAAAAACAGUGGUGUGAUAGCCCAGCCAGAAACAAAAAGGGUUCAGCUGCAUCAUGCGGACGACAGCUUCCUGGUCCUUACUACAGACGGUAUUAACUUCAUGGUGAACAGUCAGGAGAUCUGCGACUUUUUUUUUGAAGCUGCCCACGUUGUUACUGAGCAGGCAAUGCAGUUCGGCACUGAAGACAACAGCACAGUUGUCAUAGUGCCAUUUGGAGCAUGGGGAAAGUACAAAAACGGUGAGAUCAACUUCUCCUUCAGCCGCAGUUUUGCUUCCAGUGGAAGGUGGGCGUGAAGAUCUGCCACAGCUAUCUUUUCCUGCCAUAAUCUGGACACAGCGUGCUACAGGAGAACAAAUCCA